AUGGGUCCCUUUUCUCUGUUUUUCUUUUGCUUGGCUACAGUGGGAUAUCUCAUUGAAGCUGUACCAGUGGCUAUAUCCUACCAAAACUCUAAUAGAAAUCUCUUUUGCUGUAUCAAGGAACCCCAUAGUUCUGCUGAUUCAAAGUGUCCUCUGAUGGUGAAAGUCCUUGAUGCAGUUCGAGGAACCCCAGCUACCAACCUCCCAGUAAAACUGUUCAAAAAGGGUGAAGAUGAGGCCUGGAAGGAGUUUUCCAGUGGGAAAACAAAUGAAUUUGGAGAAAUCCAUGAACUUAUCACUGAUGAGUUAUUUACCGAAGGCUCAUACAAGUUGGAAUUUGACACCAGCUCAUACUGGAAGGCACUUGGCAUUUCCCCAUUUCAUGAGUAUGCUGAAGUGGUUUUUACCGCUAAUGAUUCUGGUCAUCGUCAUUACACUAUCGCUGCUCUUCUCAGUCCCUUUUCUUAUUCAACUACAGCUGUUGUCAGUAUCCCAAAGGAAUAA